ACUAAUCACACAGAAUCUAUGGGAAGAGAAAGAUUUGCUCUGUCUCUCAUUUCACUUGAAAUAGUUGCAAGAGAGUUAGGCCUAUAUAUUGUAUAAUAUUACCUUUUAAUUUUCCACUAUAUUUUCCUUCUCUCUUUACUCUUUGUAAAAAUGGCUGGCAUGCUUCCUGGUGUUGAAUGUGCUAGAAGAAGGAGAUUUCAUCAAAGUAGUGGAUGGUUGGAUUCAUCUCAAACCUCUGCUUUUUCAUCCACAAGAAGGUCUUCUUUUUGUCUAUACACUAGUAGCCAUGAAUACCCUCUCAGCUCAAGCUCAUCUAAGCAAAGGGGUGCAACAAGCCAAGCAUACCAAGAUGAGAAACUAGGUGAAGCUGCUAGAGAAGCCAAGCAAAGGUUGGAUGAGAGGCUUAGUGCAGGAUGGAAAUCACAAAAUAAAAGGAGUCUCAAAAAUAGACAAUCACUAAACCAAAGACAAGGGAUGGUGGAUAAUAGGCCAAAUCUCGGGGUGGACAAUUUGCAGAGAGAAGUAUUUUCAGGACUAAAGAAAAGUGGAUCAAAGAAGUUCAAUUGCGCAAAAAUGAUUUGGAAAUCUUCUGAACAAGAUGAAUGUGCAAUUUGCUUAGACCAAUUUAAGAUUGGAGAUAACCUAAUGCAGUUGACAUGUGCUCACAAGUUUCAUUUUAAGUGUUUGGUGCCAUGGCUAGAAUCUAAUGCAUAUUGUCCAUGUUGCAGAAUGGCAAUUAUUUUGAAUAGAACUAGCUAGUGCUACUCCAUAAUUAAGACAAAAGAGAAAAUGAAAGGAAGUGGGAUAUGUCUCUGUCUCCAGUUUGUAGGUGUGCAAGAUUUCUGGAAAAUAUGUAGUAAAUGGAUAAUAGGUUUCUUGUAAUUAAGCUAUUGACUAUUUGGUUUUUUCAAGAAAUGUAUGUGCAGAAAAUUGUGACCUUAUGCUAAUGAAAGAACGAAAUCCAGGUAUAUACCAAUACCUGUUACGGGUAAAAAAAAUGGAGACCAAAAGAAGUUGAGAAUUUAUCUAUAA